AUGUACCAUGGGCAUCGGCGGUGCCGCUCGUGCGGCAGGACGGCUGCUGCAGCGCUGCAGUGCACCGUGCUGCCCUUCCUCGGCAGUCGCGUUGCAGGGCCUGCAUUUUCUGGUAAGAACCUGGUAAAACGCCCCUUGUCCGUGAACGCGGGCGGGAUCUACCUGGAGGACGAGCUGGAGGAGGAGGAGGACGACGACGAGGAGCUGGACGAGACGCUGGCGGAGCGGCUGUGGGGCCUCACCGAGAUGUUCCCCGAGAGCGUCCGCUCCGCCGCCGGCGCCACCUUCGACCUCUCGCUGUCGGUGGCGCAGAAGAUGUACAGGUUCUCCAGGGCAGCUCUGUGGAUCGGGACCACCUCCUUCAUGAUCCUGGUUCUUCCCGUGGUAUUUGAGACGGAAAAGCUGCAGAUGGAGCAGCAGCAGCAGCUGCAGCAGCGACAGAUUCUACUAGGGCCCAACACCGGGCUCUCCGGGGGAAUGCCAGGGGCCCUGCCUCCCUUUCCUGGAAAAAUGUGAUUUGCAGAGGCUGCGCUGGAUUUGUAUCAUGUGGGAAGACCUUGAGAUUAUGAUAGAUUGAACUGUUGAUUUGUUGGGUCAGGGCAUUUUUUGUUUGUUUUUAUUUUUGGCUGUACUUCGGGACAUUGACCUAUUCAUAACGUGGAGGGAAGCCCCCUCUCCGGACCUGACGAUGGCUCCGGCCUGUCUUCGUCCCCCGUAGAAGUCACGAGUCUUUUAUUUGAUCAGUCUGUCAGAAGCGGUUACAGAGACUUGAAGAGAGGGAGUUUCACUUUGGGACUCCUGUUCACCCAGAUAAUAAUAAUAAUAAAAAAAUCCACCCUGGGGUGCGAGUCAGGCUUCAAGUCAUCAAUCCGAAGAAAGAUCCUUGCUGGCUCC